UCUCCCCCACUCUCUCGCUUGAAGCUGAAGGCAAUGGCGGCUGUGAUCGAGGGAAUGAAAAAGCUUAGCAUCGCUGACGCGAGGAAGAACCGAAUCCAAGUCUCCAACACUAAGAAACCCCUCUUCUUCUACGUCAAUCUCGCCAAGAGAUACAUGCAGCAGCACAGUGAAGUUGAGCUCUCGGCUCUCGGGAUGGCGAUUGCAACUGUUGUCAACAUUGCCGAAAUUCUCAAGAGCAAUGGGUUUGCAGUUGAGAAGAAGAUUAUGACUUCCAUGGUGGACAUGAGAGAGGAGAUUGGGCGGCCUGUUCACAAACCAAAAAUCGAGAUCAUGCUGGGGAAGACAGAGAAGUUUGAUGAGCUGAUGGCUGCUGCACAACAGGAGGCUGUGGAGACAGAACAUCAGAGCUAGAGAGUGUUGGUUGGUGCCUUCUUGUCUUGAGGGCUCUGCUUGCUUUAGUGAAACCACUCUUUAGAGGAUUCAUUAGUGAAUUAACUAACUUCAGUUACUUAUUGGUUGUAUGGACACCUGAUCCCUCUUGUUUUUGUCUGAGAAAUAGAAACAGAGGAAAGCAUUUCCGUUC